AUGCCUAUGUUGUACAAGCCAUCUGCUGAAGGAAAGGAGGUCAAGCCACCUCAAAUUCCUUCUCCAGGUAACAACUCUUUCUUGGGAGACAUUUUCACCUCCGAUGCUCCAGUGGCUGAACAAAUCUCCUGUGGUUUCUACAAGCAAGAGAAGGGUGAGCCUUUGGUUUACACCUACGACUAUGACGAGAUGAAGAUCAUCUUGGAGGUUGAGGGUGAGUACACCAUUGCCGACGAGACCGGAUACAAGGUUUCUGUGAAGCCAGGUGACGUGUUUUACUUCAAGAAGGGCACUACCAUCACUUUCGAGACCACUGGUUAUGGCUAUGCUUUCUUCACUGGUUUGAGACCAAACGGAACUGCUUAA